AUGCCCGUGGACCCAUCGGAUCUGACAGACGAUAUCAUUGCUGCAGGCGCAAUUUUCGUCGUGGCCAUCAUUGGAAUUGUAACGAAUGGAAUGUCUGCAGCAACAAUCUUCAAAAUGGAUCACUUGCGAAAUGCGUUCGGAUAUUCGUGUGCCUCACACGCUGUUGGCAAUCUCGGUGUUUUGCUCAUUUACGCCAUUUGGGCAGCACCUAUAUUAAUUGUGUACGGCAGGUAA